CUCUAUAUGACUAUCACCUCCCUCAACACCCAGUAUAAGUCCCUUAAUAGGCUCACAAAAAGGAUAAGAUUCUACGUUUCAAAUAAUUUCUGUACUACAGUGAGAUGUCUAAAGCUAAGAAUAGAGAAGAGAGGAAUACUAGCUUGAUGGUGCUUAAGCUUUUCAUUGAAAAGCUACAGAAGGGUAUUUCAAUGCAAUCAAGGUGGCCAUAUCUCACUGAUGUUAGAUUUGAUGAAGAAACUGAAGUAGCAACAAUGGUGCCAGAGGAUGUAAAAGAGGGGCAAUUUGUGGUCUUUGCAGUCAAGGGUGAGGAACCAAAAAGGUUUGUCAUUGAAUUGGGCUACCUCACUAAUCCUGCAUUCUUGGGUUUACUGGAGCAGGCUAAAGAGGAAUAUGGAUUCAGACAGAAGGGCGCCCUUGCAAUCCCAUGUCGACCAGAGGACCUACAGAAGGUACUGCAAGACAGGAGGGAGAAUAUUGCUAAUGCUAGACACCAGGCUACCUGUGAUGACAACAUCAUAGCUAGGAUAAUGAACUGAUGUUUAUUGUAAUAUUUUAGAGUAACUUCUCCAAGUUGAUUAAUCUUGCUUGCUUGAGCAGAGAUGUGCGCACAGCUUCUCUAA